UGUUGUCUGAUGUCUUACACAUCAAAUAUUCGAAUAAAAAUUUAUUGUUUGAUCAGUGCCAGAGCAUUUCGACAUGAGGGACAGUAGGAUGGGAUAUUUAUAUGUGAAUUGUGAAUAUUUUUUCCACAAACAUCGGGCUGAUAUACUUAUUAAUUUGGUAAAUUAUUUAGAUAGUAACGAAAUUGAAGAAGAACAAUUAGAGGAUGAAAAUAUGUUAAAGAAUAUAAUACAUGAGGGAAUGGGAAGAUUUAUGGGAUCUGAUAUUCCGUUGUUAUAUUUAAACAAUUUUAAAAGUACGAUUCUUACUUAUAAAAUUGAUUAUUUGAAGACGGUAAAUUUAUAUCGAUUAAAUUAUGCCAUAUUGGCAGUCGCUUGUGUUGAAUAUGCCAUGUACCCUGACCAAAAUUAUGAACAAUAUUUGAACAUAUAUUCUUGUAGUAGAUCGUCCUCAAAGAAGCUGUAUAAUAAGCUGAAUAGUUUUCCAGAUCGAAAAGAACAAAAAGAUAGCAUACUUGUAUCAACUAGAUCUUUUUUCAAGUGCCUUAAGUUAAAAGAUCAACCUGAUUUCUUGAAAAUGAUCAGAGCAUAUUUAAAAAAUAUUGAAAUAGAUAAUUAUGAAUUAUCUUAUAUACGAGAAGCAUCGAUUAAAUUUAUACAUGAUAAUGAAGCUAGCUAUACUGCUAAACAGCAGCUCCGUUCAUCUACGCAGGCAGGUUCAUCGAAACCAGUAAAGCGUAAACUUACUUCCCUUAUGAACCCUCUUAACCAAACAGAAAAAUGUAAAACUUUAAUGACUAAAGAAUAUUUUUUGAACAAAUGUAAUGCAAAUGCUAUUAUAAAUUUACAAGAAUAUUUAAUUGUUGAGGAAAUUGAAGAUGAAAGUUUAGAGGAUAAAAGGCUUUUAUGGGACAUGCUUCAAAAAGCCAUGAAAAGAUUUCUGAAGAAAAAACUACCAACAAAUUUAGAAUUCAACACGUUUAAAAGUACACUCCUUAAUUUUAAAGUUGAUUAUUUAAAGGUAGCUAAUCUAUACCGAAUUAGCCACGGGAUAUUGGUAGUUGCUUGCAUUGAGUAUAUCUUGUUCCCUGGAAAAAGUGAUGAAGAAUAUUUAAAAAUAUAUUCUUGCAACCAAAGGAACGCGCUCAAGUUAUAUAAUAAACUGCGAGGAUUUUCAGAACAAAAGGAAAAAAAUACUGCCAUAGUUAAGUCGGCUAGAUCUUUUUUCCGGUACUCUACAUUUCUAAACAAUACUGAAAGCUCGAAAGCAAUACGAUCGUACUUAGGAAGCAUUGAAAUUAAUGAUGAUGAGUUAAAGUACAUAAAGGAAGCAUCAAUUCAAUUAAUACAUUAUAAUGCAGCUAACUACACCGUUAACACGCCCCCAAAUAUCAUUGUUCCGAUCGAAGAUCGUUAAUUUUUGCCACGAACGAUCGGCAGCUUCAUUUAAUCACAGGAGAUGUGCCAUCGGUAAAUUCUGUUAAUUUAUUAGUCGUAUCAAAAACUUCAUGACCACCGAAAAAUUGUAGAAGUUCGCGGUCAUUUGAUGCAUGCUAAAUUGUGUACAUUAUCAAAAGAAAAAACUGUAAUUUCAUCAGAAAAUGACUUAAUUGUUAGCAAUCUAAUGCAAUUAAUCUUUUAGUCCUAUUUAAUAAAACAUUUUUAAUAAAA